AUGCGAAAACUUAUAUCAAGAUCGCUGCUGCUGGCGGCCUUCUCAACAUGUGUACAGGGUGAUCGAGCAUUUGAACACACUAAACAACGAACUGGACUAUCGGAUCUCUUAGCAGCGCUGGAUACAUCACGAUCAGGAGGACAAGGGCAGGGGAAUGGAGGAGCUCAGAUACAAGCCAGUCCGCAAAGGAAUGGCGCAGGCCAACAGCAGAAUGAGAUAGCAGAUCUAUUAGCCAUCCUUGAAGGCACGCAACUCGGAGGAGUAAAAUCUGGAAACGGAGGAGCACAGCUGCAGGGAAGCCAAGGAAGCCAAAAAGGAAGUGGGGGAAACAGAGGGAGCAUGCAAGGGGGACAAGGAGCGAAGACAGUCACAGUAACGAAAGGGACAGCGGCUGCAGGAAAUGGAAGUUGUCCAGCGGAAAAGACAGUGACGAAGACAAUAAGUGUAUCUGGACCCGCGGCAUUAGAGACGGGGUUUCCUGCCAAUGUCACAGUAAUAACCACUAUUACUGCACAAGUAGCGCCACAAUCAGCUGCAGAAGCACCAACUAUGCCAGCUGGUAUAAUGCCCCCAGCGGGAGCAGUUGGAACCGGUGAAGUAGCCUCGAGAACUUCCAGAGUUAGUAAGCCUUCGGAGGCGUCGACUCCGGGUGUUGCAUCUGAAGCUGCCGUAAUGCCAGCCGGUGUGAUGCCUCCAGCAGGAGCAGCAGCUGGUUCUGGUCCUCUGAAGACGGCGGGGAUAGUGAAGACUAAUGAUGGAGCCAGUCCUCCCGCUGCAUCAGCAGUACCAGGAGUUAAUCCUCCAGCAGGAGCCGCAGGAACAGCACCUGCAGGAACCGGAAAGACACCAGCAAUAAUUAAGACCAAUGAUCCUGCUGUUGGCAAUAUGCCAAUACAAGGUGGAGCCUCUGCGCCCCCAGCAAUAGCAUCCCCACCACCCGUUGGCGCCCCAGGUCAAAUGGCCUCCGGAGUAGGAACACUCGUUCCAGGAGGUGCAUGUGAUUGUUCAUGUCUCUGCGCUCCCGGCUCAUUCCCAAACAUGGAACAAAUGGGUCAAGCACCUGCCGCUGCUCCAGCCGUCGCUCCAGCAAUAGGAACAACAAUGACAACACUGACCAGCGCUGCCAUUGUUAAAGUCACACCUGGUGUCCAAGCACCCCCUCAACCUCAAGCAGAAAGUCCUUCCGUACCUGUGGCUCAACCUCAGGUCCAGCCGCCGCCAAGUCCGUCACCACCGUCUUCAGCUUCAACUUCGGCUCCGGCUAGUUCGACAGGAGCGUCGUCGAUAGAGUUAUCUGUUUCGGGGCCGUUCGGCCAGGCUGCGGCGUUAGUAAGGCCAAGUAGCUCGACGACGCCUGGUGGGGAUGCUGCGGCGAAUGCAGCGGCUGCUAUUAACAUUUCGACGUUUUUGUUGACCAGUAGUUUGGUGUUAGGGAGCUUGGCGUCUCCAACGAAUCCGCCGAAAGCGUAG